CCUCUAAAUUCAUUGCCCCACUAAAAGUUUCUUUCCCUUCGAGUCCCAGUCGCAACUCAAACUCGAGACUUUUCCCUCUAGCCCUUCCUUUUCUAUACAGGAAUCCUUCUUCUCUAUUUUUCUAUAUGCUCCUCUAACACCAGCUUCUUCACCUCUCCUUCUAAAUUCUUUCCCGCGUUCUUCAAAAGCACACAAGCCGUAAAAACAUCAGAUUUCCCCCACCAUUCUAUCUUCUGCAUCAACCAAGAUGGUGGAGAAGAUCUACGUCACUUACAACGAUGUUCACAAGCUCUGCCAAGAGGCAGCCCCCAAGAUUCUGAGUGCAUUCAACCCGCAACUUAUUAUCGCCAUCGGCGGUGGUGGUUAUGUGCCGGCGCGAAUCUUGCGCUCCUUCCUCAAACAGCCUGGUAGUCCCAACAUCCCUAUCCAGGCCAUUGGUCUCUCCCUAUACGAGCAGUUGCCCGUAAAAGACUCCUCGAGCGUGGACGAAGGCGUCGUAGAUCAGAUUGGAACUAAAGUCACUCGCACUCAAUGGCUUGACCUGAGCAGUCUGGGCGAGAUCCAGAACUUGGUCGGCAAGCGCAUCCUGAUCGUGGACGAAGUUGACGACACGCGAACGACGCUAGAGUACGCCGUUAAGGAACUGGAGAAGGAUGUCGAGGAGGCGCGGCGAAAGUUGGGCAAUGAUGAGAAGACAGAAUUCAGCAUCUUUGUCCUACAUAACAAGGAUAAGCAGAAGAAGGGUACAUUGCCCUCAGACAUGAUAGCGCAAUCGCGAUAUCUAGCAGCGAGGACGAUAGGCGAUGAAUGGAUAUGCUAUCCGUGGGAGGCAACGGAUAUCGACCUACACGACGAGCUAGCGAAGAAGCAAACAAACGGGAACGGUACUGCUUAGGUGCAGCCGGUAACUGGAGUUGCGGUUGGAGUCUUUCCUUUUCGGAUAGGUAGGAUGGACAUGGCGUGCCAGAUAGACACCGCGGGCAACUCGAUACGCAUCGAGAAUUUAGGCCCCAAAC